UCUGUUUACUUAAAGUAUCCCAGCUAAAAUACACAUAGGAAACAGUACAGUACUAUCAGUGGAAUUGUUGCAGAUCCUAAUGUCACCAAUCACACACAAUCAUCCUGAAAUACUUACAGUUCGCCUGACACUUAUUUAAGCAAUAAGGGACUGUUUCUGUGCCUGAGUAGAUGAAAAAAAGGCAAGGAAUGCAAAGGGUGUCUCUAAAGGCAGAGAGGCGGAGGAGAGAGAAGACAGGGCUGCUACAGUGUGAGAGUAAGUCAGAUCCGUGGCUGCUUGGAGGAAGGAAGAGCUGCUGCUGAGUGACGCAGAGCCGUCCCGGGACAGUGCCUCAGCGCACAGCACGUUCCAUCCCCACCUGCUACCAUCUGUACGGGACGCAGUUUAGGACAUCGUCAGGAGAGGUUUUCUCUGGUGCGACUUUCAGCUUCCCAGCUACUUUCUUCUGCCACAGUUGCACGAGCAACAGAUGUGAUGGUUGCAACCACGGCCGGCAGUGCAGUGUAGGCACUUCCAUGCUCGGACUCCAGCACCAGGAAUGCUGGCUUUUUAGCUGGGUUGGGAGCCUGCAAGUGCUGAGCUAAACUGGGGCAAACUCAGUAUUCACAUUGUACUUAGCACACAGACCUGCACGUCUUCUCAGUGCUGUGACCUUUUCUCAGGAUAACUUUACAUAAAACACAGUGGCAACAAGCUGUGGAGCUCAAGCUCCUGUCACUACACUAUUCGCACUCACACUUCCAACUCUUAGCACUUGUACUUCAGCGCCAUGCAGAUGCCAACACUGAGUGCGUCCCCUCCCCAGAGGAACCCCGGCCGCCUCUCUCCUCUGGCUUCACCUCGGACUUCUCCACUGGCUUCCCCCCUCAGCUCCCCUCGGAACUCUCCACUGCUUCUCCGCAAACUGCUUAUGAGCCGCAACAGCCGCAUGCAGAGACGCUUCACUGUGGCGCACACUCCCUGCUUUGAUGUGGAGAAUGGCCUUUCCUCAGGCAGAAGCCCUCUUGAGUCCCAUGCCAGCCCCGGGUCGGGACUGGUACUGCAGGGAAACUUUCCACACAGCCAGAGACGAGAAUCAUUCCUGUACCGCUCAGAUAGUGACUAUGACCUGUCACCCAAAGCUAUGUCUAGGAACUCAUCCAUUGCCAGCGAUCUACAUGGAGAAGACAUGAUAGUUACUCCCUUUGCACAGGUUCUGGCAAGUCUAAGGACAGUGCGGAGCAACUUUGCAAUACUUACCCACUUACAGGAUCGAGUAUCCAACAAGAGAUCAUCUGGCAGCAAUCAACAAUCAGCCUGUAAACCAAACCUGUCUGAGGAUGCAGUUCAAAAAUUGGCCAUCGAGACUCUGGAAGAGUUGGACUGGUGUCUGGAUCAACUGGAGACUCUGCAGACCAGGCACUCUGUUUCUGAGAUGGCCUCAAAUAAGUUCAAAAGGAUGCUGAAUAGAGAACUGACACACUUAUCAGAAACCAGCCGCUCAGGAAACCAGGUGUCGGAAUAUAUAUCCAGUACUUUUCUAGACAAGCAACAUGAAGUGGAAAUUCCCACCCCAGUCUCGAAAGAGAAAGAUAAGAAGAAGCUUCCCAUGUCCCAGAUUAGUGGUGUCAAGAAGCUGACACACAGUUCUAGUUUCAGCAACUGCAGUAUCCCACGCUUCGGAGUCAAGACUGAACAGGAAGCACCCCUUGCAAAGGAAGUAGAAAAUAUCAAUAAGUGGGGACUGGAUGUUUUCAAGAUAGCAGAAUAUUCUGGAAACAGGCCCCUGACAGUUAUCAUGUAUUCAAUAUUCCAGGAAAGAGAUCUCCUGAAAACUUUCCAAAUUCCUGUGGAUGCAUUCAUUACAUACAUGAUGACUUUGGAGGAUCACUACCAUCCUGAUGUGGCUUAUCAUAACAACAUUCAUGCCGCAGAUGUAGCACAAUCUACCCAUGUCCUGCUCUCCACCCCUGCUCUUGAGGCUGUAUUCACAGACUUGGAAAUAAUGGCUGCCAUUUUUGCAAGUGCAAUUCAUGAUGUUGAUCACCCUGGAGUGUCUAAUCAGUUCUUAAUUAAUACCAAUUCAGAGCUGGCUCUGAUGUACAACGAUGCCUCUGUCUUAGAGAAUCACCACAUUGCGGUCGGGUUUAAACUGCUUCAGGAAGAAAACUGUGAUAUCUUUCAGAAUCUGACCAAGAAACAGCGCCAAACACUGAGAAAAAUGGUUAUUGAUAUGGUACUGGCUACAGAUAUGUCCAAACACAUGAACCUGUUAGCAGAUCUUAAAACCAUGGUAGAAACCAAGAAGGUGACUAGCCUAGGAGUCCUGUUGCUAGAUAAUUACUCUGAUCGUAUACAGGUCCUACAGAAUAUGGUGCAUUGUGCAGACCUUAGCAAUCCCACCAAACCUCUGGAACUCUAUCGCCAGUGGACAGAUCGAAUUAUUGUUGAAUUCUUCCACCAAGGAGAUCGGGAAAGGGAAAAGGGAAUGGAAAUCAGCCCCAUGUGUGACAAGCACAAUGCUUCAGUUGAGAAAUCCCAGGUUGGUUUUAUUGACUACAUUGUGCAUCCCCUGUGGGAGACCUGGGCAGACCUUGUGCACCCCGAUGCUCAAGAAAUUUUAGAUACACUGGAGGAUAAUCGGGAGUGGUAUCAGAGCAUGAUUCCUCAAAGCCCAUCUCCUCCACCCGAAGAGCAGGACCAUGACAGAGGCAAUGCAGGGGGAGACAAAUUCCAGUUUGAGUUAACCCUGGAGGAGGAAGGGGAGUCAGAUACAGAACAGGAGGACACUGAAAGCCCUAUAGAUGAGGAAAACAGUGACUCCAAAAUACAUGACACAGAUGACUCUGCCCAGGCGAGUGAUGAGGCUGACCAGCCAUCACCAGUUGAUUUGUGCAUGACUGUUUCUAGCAAGCUGGAUCACUUAGAAAUCCCACCGAGGAGCACUCUGACCAAGCAGAAAAAAAUCUUGAACUUUGAUAAUCUGAAACUUUCUGGCGAAAGGACGAUACAACAAAAAGAAGUGUCCACCAGCCAUGCUUCCCCUGUAAACUCAGCCAGGCAGGAAGGCACUGAGCAACCAGAAAUCUGUUUGGACCAAGAAGGAAACAUUACAUAUCUUCCAUUAGGAACGUAAUGCCAAAUUAUCACUUCAUUUAUAUUUUAUUUUUACUCAGUCACGCACACUUUACAUUUUAUUUUAUUGGGGUUUUUUUGGAAGAGGGUAGGACUUUUUUAAAGAAAAAGCUACAAAACAAAAAGUUGCCUGUUGUUUGGUGAUGCAUGGGAAGAGGAUGGUGAUUUUCAAUAGAUUUUGGUUAGAGCAUUCUGGCAAGGUGGACCCUUUUGUGCCAAAAAGACUCUGAUCUUUCUGCCAUUAUCAGGAUUCAUUUUGUGCUCUCUGUGUGUUCCAAAAGUCUCCAAGGUUCUUACACACCACAUGACAGCCGCGGGGUGGGACAGCAGGUGACACUAAUUAUUCUGCAACUGGGUGCCAAAUAACCUUAAUCCAGUUUUACAGAUUAUGUGAUAAGCAAUUUUAUUGUAACUGAUUUUCCAUGCCAUUUAAUACCUCUUACAGUUUCUCAGGUAAGGGUGUGUAUUUUUCAUGCAUUGUCCCUUUUAAAAACACAAAGUAUUUUGCCAUAAUAUGUUGGUGAUCAGGUUGAUAUAUAUAUAUCUACUGCAGCCUUCUGAAGUUUACUUACCCAUGCAAGUAUCUAUAUUUGUCAUUUCGACACAUCCAAGGAAUAAGAUCUUGUCCUAGGGAAUGGUGCCCUACUGCAGAACCCAGGUUGUCCAAUGUACCUAUGUCAUGAAGACUGAGAGGCCUCAUUGAGAGGUAAUUUUUGUGGAUUAGGUAAAACAACAUUUUAUUGCAUUGUAAUGCAAUAUCUAGCCUGCAGUGCUCAAGAAUUCCUGGAUGAACUCCCCUCAAAUGUCAGAUGUCACUGUAGUUUUUUAAUGUAGUUUUAUAUCAGUUUAGGGGUCUUCCCUCUUACUACCCAGUCUUCACUGCCUGUAACCUAACUGCAGCCAGUGGUGUACCUAAAUGCCAUGAGCCCCACAGCAAAGUUGAAUUAGGUCUGCAAAACUUUGGUUACUUGACCUAUUCUACCAAGAUAUAUGAAAUCAAUCAUUAUGUAGGGUCUUAGUGGGCCUUCUACACUCAUGGGCCCCCUUGCAACCACAGGGUCUAAUUCCUCUGUAGUUACACCCCUUACUGGAGCCCUGGAACUUUAACUAAUUGGGUGAUGCUGCUAAGGACUUCAAAUAAAUGAUUCAUUAAUGUAUUUGCAUUUUACAAACAUUUGCUUGUUAUCCUUGGUAGUAUAAUAUUGAAACAUGAUGUAACCAAUGAAAUAUACCAUGAGUGGACAUUGAUGGUGAGAGACCAUCAUAAUAUUGUUUUGCUUUGGUUUUGUUGUCUGAUAUUUCCAAACAGUGUAUAAAAAGAAUUCUUGGAGCUUUUGUAGACACAGAGCAAACAGAUCUCCAGACCCCCCCCCCCUGCAUUUAUAUUAUAUCACAUGGGCAUAUGUCUAUUUUUUACUAUGAUGAAAAGCUCACUUGAGUAGGUGGGGGAAUUAGAGUUUUCUUUGCUUGCAGCACUUUUGUGAAGCAGCUGGAAGAUUCUCUAUUGCUCAGGGCAUUGUGGAAUGAUUGUAUGUAUGUAUGUACUGACAGAUUAAUGUGUAGCAUUCAACUGGAGGGUGUUCAUACUUUUUUAAUCCAAAUGUCGCACAGAGCACACUGGGCAGUUUUAUCCUAUCAUUACAGGUCACAUAGUGUUUAGUAGCUCAUAAUAAACACAAUAAAAAUGCAUAUACUUGAACAAAUGGUUUAUUUUAGCAAGGGAAGGUCACUUUUUAUAUACAGUUUAUGAAAAUUGGUUUUCCAUUUCUCCUAUAAAUAGACAGGUAUAACGACAUAACCGGGCAUAAACAAAGCUUUCCUUUCUCCUGUUAUAGCACCUUUAGUGGUAAAGGAAAGACACUGCAUUUUUGUAAUUGUACAUGCUAAAGCAAGCAACCCUAGGCCAGUACAGUAUACACCAUAAACAAUGUCCACCUUAUUUAUUUACUGUUUAUGGGAAGCUAAGUGGGCACCUCCCAGACCAUUUGUGAGCUCCUCUGGGGCGGCACACACAUUUCCCAGUGGCGAGCAAGCCCGGGUUGGCAGGAAUCAUAAGAUGCAGGUGUUUCCCCGCCCAGUCCAACCCUGACCCUUUAGGGCAGAGACACAUGGACAGAUUUGGGGAGAUAAGUCACCUGGCGACUAAUCUCCCCAAACUGCCUUCCCGUCGGCUAGAAUGAAAAUCGCCGGCAGGAUGGCACUCGGAGCGCUUCGUUUUCUGAAAUCGUCUGAAGUUGCCUCACAGCUCUCUGCAUUGUUUUUUCACAUAACAAGUACAUAACUCCCAACUGUCCCGUUUUUCACAAGACAGUCCCGAUUUUGACAGCUCAAUCCGCAGUCCCAUAUUGUUACUGAAAUGUCUUGAGUUUCUUUUUGACCUGCACUGAACAGCCAGCAAAAGAUACAGAGUUUCAAACUUAAUUAGCUAAUGGCAGAGAGCCCUGAAUGGAUUCUUAGAUACUUUUGUAACAAUUUAAGAUAAGCAAAGAAACAAUAAUAACAAUUUAAGAUAAGCAGGUCUCUUGGAGAAACUGUGACCUGCAGCUUAAAGGGCAAUUGACCUUCAUUAGCAAAACUGUAAUAAUACAUAAAAAACACAGACGUGUUCAAACUUUCAUAACCUGACAAAUUUUGUCAAAUAAACAUUGUAGUUAGGGGGUGUGGCCACAAAAUUGAGCAUGGUCAAAAAAUCUAGACGCACUCUGCGCAGCAAAUCUUUUUGUCCCUCUUUCUAUUUCCAAAAUGUUGGGAGUUAUUCAAGUAGUGUUAAUAAUGCAUUCAUUUGUGUAUUAUUUAAGAAGGUACAAAAUUAUCCUAUCCUUCAUCUACAGAGAUUCCAUAUUACCUAAAGUGGCCAGUGUAUUAAAGAUUAGGUGAAAAUCUUAUUUCAUUAGAUGAUAUUUGAUAUAGUCUUGGAUAUUCCAGUUGGCGCAAAAGUUAAUGGGAAAAGCCCAUGAUCUGAUCCCUAACUCAGUAUAAACAAACACGGACAGCUGUAUUUACUGAAUAGCAAUUCAGACUUUUGUCUGCUGCCACAUUUCUAUGGAAGAGCUGCCAUAAACAAAAUGUGGGCUAACCCUGAACUGCUUAGAUGAUACCAACACCAGCUGUAUAUCAUCUUAAUCAGUAAGAAGAUUUUACACCUUAGACGAGAUAUAGACUGAGCUGGGGCCAGGAAGCUAAUGGUUGUGCCCUCACUGCAUAGAUAGGCUGCUGCAAUUGAUAUGGCUUCACUAGGCUGAUGAUGGGUCGUUGUGCAAGCACACACACAAGGAAAUGUUUAAGUACAUUAAAAAUGUACUAUUGAACCCAGAUACUAGUUGCAGACUUCAUUGGUUUGUUGACCUCCUGGAUAAAGGGUAAGCUGUUACAAGAUUUUCAGCCAUGACAGGAUUUCGGGAAAAAAGCACUAAGACAUUUGAAUUUGGGUUGAAUAGUAGGAAUACUCCUCCAGUUCUGAAAAAAAAGUUCCAUUUAAUUUAUUCUGCUAAAGUUUCACUUUAUUUUAGUGUAUUUGUAGUUCACUUUUGUACAAAGCCACAAUUCUGUGCACACUUGUCCAAUCUGAUCUUACUGUGAUUAGCACUCGAAAUGAUGCAUUAUUAUUAUUAUUAUAACCUUGCACUUUUCUGCAACACCAGUGGAAUAAUGUCACUCUGGCAGUAAUACUGUGCUGGCUUAAGGUCACUGGUGUUGGGGGCAUCUAUUCCAUGGCCUCAGGCCUGGGUUGUUACUGGCAUCCCAUUGCUGCUCAGUUUAUUCUGUGUGUCUGCGUCCCUGGGGUGUUCUACCGAGGGACCUUAUUUGUUACAUAACACAAACUGUCUAUAGAGAGUAAUCCUUUUCUUUGUCUCAUGCAAAGACACCUUUUAUGGUUUCUGGUAAUGUGUUUGCAGCUGCUUUAUACAACCUAAUAAGAUGCCUCUAACACCUAAAUAGCCAUAGCCGCAGGUUAAUGCCACAUGGAAACAUGCCGGUGGAGAAAAUGCCUGUUUGCUGCCAUUCCCUCUUAAGUGGUAGAUUUUGGCCUGAAAACACGCAACUAUGCAUUUUCAGGCUAAAAUCACCCCAUGAGAGUCAGAUGCCGUGCCUGUUAGUGCCCUGGGGCAAAUGGUAACCAUGUGACAUUAGCCUUAACUGCACUAGGAGGGGGUUCACACGUGUCCAUUAUAGGUUAAUGUUCAGCACGGACUGUAUGCAAUACCCUAAAAUGAACCCAAGUGAACAAAUGGUUUUGAGGUGAUUAAUUCCAUGUCAUUUAUUCUUAUUGCAAUAGUGCACUGGUAUUGUACAUUAUUGUGUAUAUGGUCCUCAUUUAUUAAAGCUUGCUAAACUUGAAAUAACUUUAGUAGGCCGUGAUAAAGCCAGGCCUCAGUCUCUUGCAGAGAUGUCACAAACUGUGUUUGUUUUAUUAUUUUUCUUAAUAAAAAAUACUUUAUCUUU